CGAACAUUUCCUUGUCUGACGUGUAUUUAACACAGUGGAGAUCUUUGAGCCGGACACUCACGCGCUUGGUGGAAAAGAGAAGAUGGCUUCGGUAUUUGAGUUCAACAUGGAAAUGACCUGUGAAGGGUGUGCCAAUGCUGCAAAAAAAGUCCUUGGAAAACAUCCACAUGAGGUUACAUCAGUUGAAACAGACGUUGGUGCACAAAGAGUGCUAGUGACCUCAACAUUGUCAUCAGAUCAGCUGCUUGAGAUCCUUGAGAAAACUGGAAAGAAAGUGUCAUUUGUUGGAAAAAAGCAGUGAAAAAAUAUGAACAGAAAUUCCAGGCCAAUGACAACUUUAUUCUCACCUGAGCUUCUGGUGUCAUCAAUAUCUGUGUCCAUUGUACAAUGCAAUAAGCCUUAAUGUGUAGUGAGAUUAACAAAAUAAUUAUACACUAGUUUCAGUGUUUAGUUCUUUCAUAUUUUCUUAAAUGGACAGAAUUCAGUGGGAAUAUUCUGUGUGUGAAAUUUUGUCAAACCACUAAUAUUUUGAGAUUUAUCCUCAAAUGCAUAGUGCAAAUGAUGUAUGAUAAAGAUUUUUAAACUCAAUAUGCCAUUAUUUACAUUCAAUCAGAUUUCUUGUAUGAAUUUAGUUUUAGUUUUUCUUUAAUGCACUGACUGAUUAUGAAUUGUUUUAUUAAGCACACUUGCUGCAUAACAGUGAUCAUCAUUAUGGUGCAUAAGUGUGUUAAUUACUGUUCACUUACCAAUCCCGGAAGAAAUUUGGUUUGAAUAGAAUUUUUGCUUCUCAAAUUUAUACCGAAAAAGAGAUUUUAUAAAAUCAUUUUACCAGACCAUCAAAUUUAUUACAUCUUAAGAGUAAUUUCCCCAUUGCAAAGCACUAUUCUUGCAUUUCUCUAACUCAUGAAUGACAGUCCUAAUGUACACACAGCCUAAAAUGUCUACUUCUGUUGAUCAAAGUGGAUCUUUUAUUAAUCCUUUUUUGUUUUUGUAAGAAAAAAGUGUACAGGGUAGGUAAGAGUGCACUAGCAACAGAUUUCUUUGGUGUGCAAUAAAGUAACCAUAUAAUUAUUAUGUAGAUUUGUUUGCAUUUUUUUUUUUCUUUUGCUUUUUAUAAUUGGAAUAUUCAGCUUUGCACCUACCUUACUGCAUAAUAACUAUACAUUCUGUUGUAUAUUUUUUUUACUUUUAAUAGUAUUAAUAAUAAUAAAAGCAUGAUUGUAUAGAGCACACUCAUGCUCGCAAGGGGCAUAUUCAUAGCACUUGAGACAGGAACAAGUCAUGGAAAAUGUGAUGUAAUGGAAGGAUGAACAACACUACUGAUGACUAAUAACAAAUACAGAAAACUCGGAGGAAUCAGGUAACAAAAACUAAGUGUUGUGAUUCAGCAGAGGAAAAUUAGAGAAAUAUCAAUAAACGGAAAAAUAGGAGGGGGUGAAAAAAGAGUAGUAUUCUGUGGACUGUCAGGAAUAAUGCUUAAAAGAAGUGCGUUUUCAGCACACAUGUAAAAGAUUCAUUGGUGAAUUGGUGGCAGAUAUAGAAGGGGAAGAGAGUUCCAUUGUUUUGGUGCACAGUAAAACUCGUGUGACACUAUAUUCUGGUGACAGGAAUAUGAUACGGUCAUCAGAUAAAUAAAUAGGGCAGGAGCCUGCAAAAAACUGAAAACAGCAUGAACAGUUUGUAAUAUAACCUAUGUUACUGGCACGGUAUAAAGUAUUAAAAACCAUCAUUGGUUUUCCUCCUUGCUCCACAUUUCCUUUCAGGUUGGCUGCCCUGAGUUCAUUUCUUGUCUCGGGCACGCUGAUCUUUCUCUGCACGUGGCAUCUGUUUACAGGGCUGGCCACUUGCCGUAAUAUAGCCUUAGCUGCUGACACGGCGUAAAACACCAAUUCCCCCACCCACAUUUCCUUUCCAUUCUGGGGAAAAAACACAUUCUUACUAAUGACCGGGAUUUCAAAAUCGUCAUUCCAAAGGUUCUGUCCCACAUUAUACAUAUGAUGGUUGUUGAUAUUGAAUAACCUUGCUAAUAGAUUAAUAAUCAUGUGAUAUUGCUCCACAUAUUAUUUCAGAUAAAACUCAGAAGUUUAACUUUUUACAGUUCUGUUAUCCAGGUAGAGGUUUUUUGUUUGUUUGUUUUUUUAAUCUCUGCAAAGUUGUUUUUUUUUUUAAAAACCAUUGGUGGCAAAAUAAUAAUCUGAACUAUUAAGAGUUGAAAAAAAAAUGUACAUCCAACAUGCAAUAUGCUUAAAUGCAUGUUUCAGUACACACCAGGGCAUGUGCAAAAAAAAGAAUGUUGUGAAUCUGAUUUAGAUUUCUAAAUAUAUGGGGCUUUGCAUAUAUAUAUAUGAUACAGCAUUAAAUAAAGUCUACAGAAUUAAAAAAAAGAA